UCAGGACUCCGAGGGGGCCUCGACCAUUCCUUAAAGUGCUUGAGUUCGAGAAUAACCGAGAGGCGGCUCCAGGGUUCGUGUGGGCCAGUCGGCCGAGGGGGGCACUGUGGCAAACCACCCGCGGGGGCUCAGAGAUCCGUGUGCCCCGUGUUCAGCCCCCAGGGCGGCUUCCAUCCCAUCCAUGCCGAGAACAGCUCCAUGAAGCCGAGGGUGGUGACCGUGGUGAAGCCGGGGGGCCACCCCCUCCGCAAGAUCACCCUGCUGCUGAACAGGAGGUCGGUGCAGACCUUCGAGCAGCUGCUGGCCGACAUCUCGGAAGCCCUGGGCUUCCCUCGCUGGAAGAAUGACCGCGUGAGGAAGCUCUACAGCCUGAAGGGCAAGGAAGUCAAGAGCGUGUCGGACUUCUUCCGGGAAGGAGACGCCUUCAUCGCCACGGGAAGGGAGCCGCUGACGCUCAAGAGCAUUCAGGCCGCCAUGGAAGAGCUGGCUACCAGCAAGCCCCGGGCCCUGACUCAGCACAGCUGGGCCCCGUCGCCCAGGCUGAAGAGCAGGCUUUACAGCAAGGCCUUGAAGGCCGAGCAGCACUGUGGGGAUGGGGAGGCUGCCGAGAGCCCGAGUCAGGCCUCCUUCCCCAAGGUGGGCGCCAAGCCCGAGGGCAGAGCCCAGAUCCAGCUGGGCCCCGAGGACAGGUCGAGGAGCAAGAAGUGGGGCCCCGAGCAGCAUGGCAAGGCAGACAGGAAAGCUGGAGCGCAGGAGGGGCCGUCCCCUGGAGAGAGGCAUUGGGACGGCCAGGCCGAGAAGAGCUCCGCCGACCUCCUCCGGUGUGAGAAGUGUAAGCAAGAGAGGGCCCUGCGGCCCGCCGGGCAGCAGCAGCGGCACAGGCUGGCGGAGCUCUCUCUGGGCGGCAGCGAGCUGGACCUGGCCAAGAGCCCCAGGUAUAAGCCCGAAAGGAUGGUGAGGAUGAAGAGCUGCCGGGGGCCCCUGCGGGGGACGUCUCCGGCCGGGGAGGACGUCCGGUGGAAGGGCGAGAGCUGGAGGGACGGUCCCCGGGCCCCCAGCCUGGAGCCGGAAAGACCCGCCAAGGGCCCGGAGAAGAAAGAGAGAAGGGAAGCGGACAUCCGCGAGCAUCCCGAGCCGGCCCCGGCGGCCUCCAGGGCCAAGAAGGAAGCCCCCGAAGCUCUGCCGGGCCCGGACGGUGGGCCGAGGGAGCCAAAGAGAGAGCCGAGGAGCGGCCCCCGAGGGAGACAGAACGGCUGGCUGCUCCGUGAGCCCCCGAGAAGCCCCGACGCCGAGAAGGAAGGGAGGGAGCCCAAGGGCAGCCUCCACGGGGGCGGGGGCAGGCGCGCGGCGCACGGCGAGGGCGUGCCGAGCAGGCCAGACAAGGAGGCGAAGACCAGCGCGGAGGAGCCCAAGCCCGGCCGAGGGGCGGCGGGCAAGAAGCCGAGGCUGGCCGACUUCCCCAGGGCCGACGUGGAGGCCCAUUACGAGCUGGGCAAGGUCAUCGGGGACGGCAACUUCGCCGUGGUGAAGGAGUGCCGGCACGUGGCCACCCGGCGGGAUUACGCCGUGAAGAUCAUCGACAAGGCCAAGCUGAAGGGCAAGGAGGACAUCGUGGACAGCGAGAUCGCCAUCAUCCAGAGGCUCUGCCACCCCAACAUAGUGCAGCUGCACGAGGUGUACGAGACGGCCUCCGAGAUCUUCCUGAUCCUCGAGUACGUGCGCGGCGGGGACCUCUUUGACGCCAUCCUGGAGCACGUGAAGUUCAGCGAGCGCGAGGCGGCGGCCAUGGUCACGGACCUGUGCGAGGCCCUGGUGCACAUGCACGAGCAGAGCAUCGUCCACCGGGACCUCAAGCCCGAAAACCUCCUG